GAAGGGUUUCGUUACACGUCUGGGAACCUUCCGAGCCUUUAAUAGCACAAGUGCGAAAUAAAGUAGCGCGACUUGCAGUUUAAAUCCCUCAACUAUCCCGAGGGAAACAGGAGAAAAUCUAUUCACUGCUACUUCAGAAACUGUCACUUUAACUUACAGUCCUGAUGUCGAGCUCGAACUGAACUGAGUGCAGAGAGAUUUUAUUUCUUCUCGUCAUCCCGUUAUGGAGAUUAUUAAAGUGGAGAGCAGCGGAAUUCAGCGCCUCGUUCAACACAGCAGACUGGUGCUACUGCUGUUAGUGUAACUGGUCUUCAUGCAUUACUUCAGGACUACGUGUAGCAGUCUGAUGGAUGCGAAUAGACUUGACCGUCACCACCAUGGGGUGCAUGCAGAGCGUGGGUACACAUUUUUACGAAAACAUCAGAGUCCUCGAACUGAACACCUCUAUCGAUUCUAAUCCUACUGUCAUUGAUGAGUCGUCCAAUGUAGUAUUGAGGUACCGUACACCCUACUUUAGAGCUGCUGCCCGGGUGCAGGUGCCACCAGUGGUCCGUAAAGAAAUUUGGACUGUGGGCUGGAUCCAGGCAUGUAACCAAAUGGAUUUCUUCAAUUACUAUGGAGAAGAAGGAAUAUCGAGCUGGGAGCUCCCUGAGCUGAGAGAUGGACACAUCCAGGCCAUCAGUGAUUCAGAUGGAGUGAACUACCCAUGGUAUGGCUGUACCACUGAGAUUUACACCAUCGUAGGACCCACCAAGAGGAGCACCACACUCACUGUGAGCAUGAACGACAAUUUCUGCCCCAGCGUGACAUGGAGCAUCCCCACGGGCACCACAAGUGUCCCCCCACUUUUGAGCUCUAUCCAGAGGGACCAGCGCUUCACCACUUGGCUGGUGGCCAUGAACGAGGCCUCAGCUGAGAUGGUACUGCUCAGGACCAUCCGCUGGAAGAUGCAGAUCGCUAUUGAGGUGGAUCCUGAGAAGCCCCUGGGACAAAGAGCUCACCUCAUGGAUCAUCUUGCUCAAGAACAGCCAGAGAUCUUGGCUAUGAAUGAACCCAUCCCACCCAAUGCCUUGGUCAAACCCAAUGCCAAUGAUGCUCAGGUGCUAAUUUGGAGACCUAAAAGAGGGGAGUCUGUUGUUGUCAUCCCCCCUAAGUAGUGAGUGGAGUGAAAAAGCAAACACUUGUAUGUUUUUGACUUAAAUAUUUUACCUCCUGCUUCUCACUGAACCUCAAGUAGUACAUUAUUUAUUUAUUAUUUUAUUGAUCAUUAUUGGAUGUUCAGAAAUGAAAGUGAGGCCUCAGAUAAACAGCGUUCUGCAUUACUGUUUUGCCAUAUGUUGAAUAGAUUUCAAUAAUGUUCAGAAUUUUGUAUGCAUGCAGUUCUGUGAACAGGAAUGAGUAGUCAUGUCCACUUUAUGUUCAAUUUACAGAUGUGAGUAGGAAAAAAUAUUUGUAAUAUUUUCAGUAUCAGUAUAUAUCAAUAAGAUGUGACAUAAGGUGACAUGUAUUAGAGAGGAUGCUGCUUUUGGACUUUAAUUCAUAUACAGUUAUGCUCAUAAAUUUACACACCCUUGCAGAAUCUGCAAAAUGUUAACAAUAAAAAAAAACAAAAAACAAGAGGGAUCAUUAAAAUUGCAUUUUGUUUUUUAUUUAGUACUGCCCUGAAUAAGCUAUUUCACAUAACAAACAUUUACAUAUAGUUCACAGGACACGAUAAUACCCUGCGAUGGAUUGGCACCCUGUCCAGGGUGUACCCUGCCUUGUGCCCGAUGCUCCCUGGGAUAGGCUCCAGGUUUCCCCGUGACCCUGAAAAUGAUAAGUGGUAUAGAAGAUGGAUGGAUGAAUGGAUGGAGGACACAAUAAUAACUGAAUUGCCAAAGAACCAGUUCAAAAUUUUACAUAUGCUUGAUUCUUAAUACUGUGUUGUUACCUGGACGAUCAACAACUAUUUUGUAAUAGUUGCUCAUGAGGCCCUUGUUUGUCCUGAGCAGUUAAACUGUCCAUUGUUCUUCAUUAAAAAUCCUUCAGGUCCUGCACAUUCUAAGCUUUUCCAGCAUCUUCUGCAUAUUUGACCCCUUUUCAACAGUGGCUGUAUGAUUUUGAGAUCCAUCUUUUCACACUGAGGAGAACUGAGGGACUCAAACACAACUAUAACAAAAGGUG